GAAAACCUAACAAAAACCUCCCGAACUGAGUCCGCUAAGUGAUCGUCUCGGGACGACGGUAGUGGUCUCCGAUUGCCAUGGGCAAAGGACGCCGUGAGUCGGACUGCGAUGGCGCUUCCGCCAAAACGGUGGAUUACAACACAGUGUUUAUCGACACCAACCUAGAUACGCACUUCGCAGUGCCUGUUUCCGAUACCGACACAGUGUCGGACUUCAAAAAGAAGAUUGUAUUGGAGCAUUUGAGUUGCUUUCCUGCAGUUGGAGAGAUACAGAUACAGUCUUUGAAGGUGAAGCGGGGAUCAUUCUUUUAUUGUUUGUCAGACCUUAUUCUUCUUCGGAGUGUAUUUCAGAGUGUGGAGGGGAGUUGGUUUCUUUCAGUUGAUGCUACUACUGCUCUUGUACCUCAAUUAAAUCAAAAUUCAUAUGAGAUCGGCACGAGUGACCGUGUGAAGGCAAAGGAUGCUGAUGGCUCCAGGGAGUUGUUGUCUGAUUUAAACAGGAUGGAAAUCAUCCCAAUGGCCUUGCAGGAUGAUGCUCAUGGAAAGAAUCUUGCUCCAGGAAUGACUGCUGGAUUUAAACUUGGCACAGCAUUCGAAAAGACCACGGACAUUAAUAGAGAUACAUGGUUGGAGGACAAUUGUCAGGAAAGUAACUCUCGUGCCAAGAAGAAGCGGAAAAUGGUGCACCCUGAAAGCUUGGGGAUUACAUCAAAUGCAGUACUGGAUCAGUCUACAAGAUCAAUGGAAGCCGCUAUUGUGAAGAUAGAUAAUGAGUCAGAUGCUAACAAGAGAAAGAAAGAAAUGGCAAGUAAAUUAGUUGCAGAAGUCAACAGUGAAACACAUGUUGAUCAGAUUGGAAAUGUUGAAAACCCCACGCGCGGUAUUGGAACCCGUGAAUCUGAAGAGAAGGAAGAGAAAGAUACGUUGCCGAACCUUGAUCAUGAUCUGGAAACUCCAGAAAACAAGAAAUCUUCAGACAAUGCUGUUCCAGUUCUAGCUCAGAAAGAUAAUUUUCCGCCACAAAUAUUAGAUACUCCUGCUGUACAGAAACCUGAAGUGUCUAGUGGUGUUACAAAGAAAAGGAAGAAGACGAAAAAGACGAAGAAGAUUGAGGAAGGAGAGAAGCCUUCUGAUGCUAAUCCAGGGAACUCGGGUAUGAAAGAAGCUACAACUGGCUUCCAUGUCCCGUCAUGUUUGAUUUCCCCAUCAAUUGAUCAUAACCCAAAAGCAAAUGAAGAGGAAGAAAGCACUUCGCGCCCUCAAGGGCAGGAUAUGCAAAUGGAAUUGUUGGAUGGUUCUAACAAAGAUGCUAGAGAGGAAGUUCAGGAUUCUAAUGGGAAUGCAACAGAGUUUGUUGUAUCAACUCAGACAACUCAAAGAUUGGAAGAUGUUAUCUCUGCCGAAAAAGUAGAGCCGAAAAAUCCCCAAAUCUCUCUUGGUAAUGGCCAUGAGUGUGUCCCCCUCAUAGAGAAAGAUCAGAUUGCUGGGUUCAAACAUGCAAGCAAAGAUGGCAAGAAUUCUGAGAACAAGGACAAAAAAGAGAGGAGGAAAAGGAAACGGGUGCAACUUACUGCAUCAGAUGUAAAGAUGAAGGAUGCUGAUGAUUUGAGGCAAAUGUCAUCGGAUGUAAACUUGAUGGAAGCCAACCAAGAGGCCAUUCCAAAUGAUGAUCAUGAAAAGAAUCAUGUGUCAUCAAACCUGAAGAAUGAUCAACUGAAAGCCGAGGCUACAGCCGAAACUGGAAAUUCUGAUUCUGGUAGAAGGGAAGGGAAUAUGGAAUUAGAUGGCACGAUGCCUAAAAAUAUAAUAGCUAGCAAACUGGAUUAUAAACCUGGCCUAGAUGUUCCAGCUGAGAGUUGGGGGGUUAGUUCAAACAACACUGAAUAUUGUUCUAAAAGGUUGACGGCCACUGGUGGUGCAGUGGAAGAUGUUACAUCAAAUAGGAGCAAGGGAAUAAAAAGCAAAGCCAAUAAAAUGGCUGCAAAAUUCUAUGACGAGUCAGGUGUGGAGCAAAAUGAAAAAGGCGAAAUUGCUGAGCUGCGUACUGAAAUCCAUCAACCUGAACAGAAGAAUGAAAUGAAAACUGUUUCUCUAAAUCAUGACUGUGAAGUGACAAAUCCAUCAAAUAAGAACGAUUCAGACGCUGCUUUUCCAAAUCCUACACUGGAAGAAAACAUCCUUGCACCUGCUGUUAUGAAACCUGAUAUCUCUAGUGGCACUAAGAAGAAAAAAAAGAAGGUGAAAAGGGGGGAGAACACUGCAGAUGCUAAUAAUCUUGAGAUGUCAGUUGUUGAACAACACAACGAUGGCAUGGGUUGCACUUCAGGCUCGUCCAAUUAUAUUCCCGAAGCAACUGACAAAGAACAAAGCAGUGCGCAACUGAAAAUUUUGAGAUGUUCUAGUAAUUGUGCCACUGGAGAAGUCCAGGGUGCUGGUCGGAAUGAGGCUGAUUUUUUCAUGUCGACUCAAACUAGUCAAACAUUAGAAGAUGUUGCCUCAGCAGAAAAAGAAGUGGAGAAAAACACCCAAAUUUUCACCGGCAAUGAACAUGAAGAUCUUGCCCCUAUAGAAAAAGAUCAGAUCAUGGGUUCCAAUCAAGUUGGCAAGAAUGGUGAGAAAUCUGAGCAUAAGGACCUUAAGCCUAAGAAGAAAAGGAAGAAGGUGCAAAAUGCGGUAUCACAUGCCUUGGAAAAUUUGCCAUUCCAGGAUCAAAAAGCUGGUGUUGAAGCAUCAGAAACUGAGGGAAGUAUAGUUAAUCUUGCAGGCCCUGAAAAAGAAGACAGACAAGUAGCUUCAUCGUUUGCUGUGUUCAGUAGAAGUGGAGAAAAGAUUGAUGAGACGAAUGGCACUGCUGCUAACAAUGGUGAUCCUGCAAGAACUGAAAAAGGUGAUGAACAGGGUAAAGAUUCUGGUAAUGUGGAAAAGGCGCCAACUAAAUCAAAUGCAAGAAAAAGUCGGAAACAACUCAAGGAGAACGGCUUACCACCUAUUAGAACCUCAUUUGAGUUACGGGACUCACGAGAGUCAUCUGAAACUCGGAAAAGUGAACAUAAAGCCACUGUGGUACCCAACCCUAAAGAAAAGAAAACAUUGUUGAAGAAUUCAAGCUUUGAAAGGUCUGAAACAUUUCCUAAGAGUCAAAGAAAUAAAAAAGUGCAAAGUGGUGUAAAUCCAGCUAAGAAGACUGCGAUGCAAACUCCACGAAAGGAGAGUUUGCUCUAUAAAUCAGGAGCAAUUUUUCAAGAAAGCAGUAGCGAAGGCUCUGGUGAUGAAACUGGGAUUGUGCGUUCAUGGUCCAAUAUCCGCCGUCCAACAGAUGGUUCAUCUAUGUCAAGUGAUUCGGAAUCUGAAGGAGGACUAGACUUGGCUGGAAACGGAUCAAAUGAUGCAGAAGGCCAAUCUGCUGGCGAAAGAAUUGCUGCAAAGUUAGACCUUUCCGACUCUAAAGAACUGACAUUGGAAUCGAUUCUGAGGAGCUCAAAGCGCUUCAAGAAUGCCAAGAUCACACUAUCCCAAAAUGAACUAGAGGAGAUCGAUAGCCAGCCGAUAGAGACUGUUCCCGACAGCCAGCCCAUUUGAAACUCAAGAACUUUGUGCCUGUCUUCCUUAUUAAGGUUUUCUCUUAAUCUUGAUUUUCUUUUUUAGGAUGGCUUGAAUUUUGUCCCACAAAAAAUUUUGUUCUAAUGAUGCAUAGAAAUUUAGAAAUAGAAUCCACCACCCCAAGAAACUUCAACAAAUUUGUGAUGGAACUUCAAUAAUUUGUAGUACUUGUUUUUGUUGUA